AUGUCGUCUAAAGAUCUACUACCCGUAUCGGAGGCGGAGGUACCUGGCGCACCGACCAGUAGAUCUCGUGGUGCCGCAUUUUGGAUGUCCUUCGUCGCCACGCUCCUCGUCGACAUCCUCUUCGCAUUGGACCUCACCGCCGUUGGAACCGUUCUCCCUACCAUCAUCGAGCAUCUCAAAGGAAGCGACUUCAUAUGGGCAGGGAGCGCCUACACCGUAUCUUCAACCGCAAUCUUACCCGUUGUCGGAGGGCUCGCGUCGAUCUUUGGCAGGAAACCCACCAUGUUGUCCUUCCUUGUCUUCUUCUUUCUCGGUUCCGGUAUUUGUGCUGGGUCGCGCAAUCUCAACAUGUUCAUCGCAGGACGAGUGAUUCAGGGACUCGGUGGUGGAGGUGCUUUGGCCACAACGGUCAUCAUUUAUGCCGAUCUUAUCCCCCUAGCGGAAAGAGGCACGUUUCUUGGCUACCAGGCUGUAGCAUGGGCAACGGCGUGCUGCAUUGGCCCGAUCGUAGGUGGAGCCCUGGCGAGCGCAGGCGCCUGGAGGUACCUGUUUUGGAUCAAUUUGCCAUUAUCAGGGAUUGCCGGGGGCAUAAUCGCCCUGUAUCUUCGCGUCCACACCCCGCGAGACUCUUUUACCAGCAAGAUAGUUCGAAUGGACUGGCCAGGUAACAUCAUGUUCGUCGGGUCGACGACAUCCGUCCUCCUUGCGUUGACAUGGGCCGGACAGCAAUUCCGGUGGGCCUCAUUCCAUGUUCUCGUUCCGCUGUGCAUCGGGUUUGCGGGAAUAUUCGCUUUCUUCGCACUUGAAAGAUGGGUCGUUCGGGAACCGACUGUCCCUUGGUACGCACUUUCGAAUCGAACGUCGCUCAGUGGUUAUAUGGGCACAUUCUUCCAUGGGAUGACAUCCAUGGCCGUCAUAUUCUAUCUGCCUGCCUAUCUCCAGGCUUGCAAGGGGGACUCGGCCAUACGUUCGGGUGUUAACAUCAUGGCCCUCGCAGUCGCGAUUCCGUUCACCGCCAUCAUCAUGGGAGUCUCAGUGCGCGUGUUCAAGCGAUACCGCCCCCAGAACGUCUUCGGAUGGGUGUUCUCCAUAGCAGGCUUCGGCGCGCUCUCGACCCUGACCGAGAACAGCGCGAAGUCCCACUACAUCGGAUUUCAGAUCAUCAUUGGGAUCGGGACCGGAUGUAUCUGGAUCGCCACGCAAUUCCCCAUCCUGGCACCGUUGCCCCAGUCUAACAACGCGCAUGCCCUCGCGUUCUUCACAUGGACGCGCUUUUUUGCUCAGAGUUGGGCCAUCGUGAUUGGCGGGAGCAUACUCCAGAAUCGCAUUCAUUCGCAAUUGCCUCAUGAGGUCCUCGCUCAGCUGCCACUGUCGUCGACCUCGAUCUAUGCUCUAAUACCUCUUAUCCACACGUUCGACGUGACUACUCAAGCGGUCAUCAGACACGCGUUUGCUCGCAGCCUGCAGCUGUUAUGGCGUGUGAUGAUAGGCAUCUCAGGGCUGGGCUUUCUGUCUUGCCUUUUCAUGCGAGAGGAGAAGAUGCGGAAGGACAUGGAUGAGACGUGGGCUUUGAAGGAGAGUCGUUGGCGCGAUGAGCCAGCCCGUCAGGAGUAA